AUGGACGCGGCGCCAAUACCCUCGAUCUUUGCGUACCUUCGAGCGCACAAGACGGCGAGUCCGGCCUACGAGUCGCCCGUCGGUGACAUGCUUUUGCACGUGUGCUGUGCGCGGGGAUCGGUCAGCGACGUCCGAGCUGCCCUUCCGCUCUGUCCGUGGUUUCUGCCCAACCGGUUUGGCCUCACCGGCGCCAUGAUUGCGGCUCAGAAAGGCCGUCUCGACGUUCUGAACGAACUCGUCGCGGCUGGCGCUGACCUCAAUCAGCCCGAUUUCCUCGGUCGCGACUGCUUUUAUCAUCUUCACACGCAUGGCCACGAUGCACUCGCUGCCGUUUUGGGCGCACAGAAAGCCCACACACGGCAGUGGUGGGCCCCGCCACCGACGACUGUCUCGCUACCGCCGUCGUCGCCGCUGCGCCCAGUGCGAGUUCCGUCGCCGUCAAAGCCGAGGUGCGCACCAAGGAGCCUCUGCAACAGCUGCCAGCUCCUCUUUGCUCGCAAGCUCUGCACCACGUGCCAGUGCUGCUACUGCGACAAGUGCUACGGUCGCGUGCACUUCCAAGCUGCAAACCGCCAUCACACGUACAUCGAGAUGGCACCGACGAAUGCACCGGAGGACCACGAGGCUUCGUGGAACGACCAUCUUGCUACGUGCCACAGCAUCUACGAAAGCGUGCUGAAGCUGCAGGGUGCCACGUCACGAGCGGUUGCGGCACUCGUGAGCCCCAAGCGCGUGCGGCAGGUCGAGCUCGCGACCAUCGACGCGGUCGUCGCCAACCAAUCCAACCGCAAGCUGCACACGGCGCAGCUUCAACUGGCCAGUGUCUACCGACGCGAAGGCAAGCUCGAGGAGGCCAAGCAGCAGCUCGAGACGCUUCUCAAGAGCCUCUGCACCGACGUUGACGACGACGUGGCCUUCCUUGGGCACGUGUACCUCGAACACGCGCGCGCACGCAACGAGACAGGGGCAGCCAUCCAGCGCUUCGACCAGGCGUUGGCGCUUCUCUGGACGCACGUGGCCAUGGACGACAGCCAUCUGUGCGCCGGCCUCGACGACUACCACCACUUCUUGAUCGCACAGUCGGACUACGCGGCGAGCGUGGGCCUUGCCCACCAGACGCUGCAACGUCGCCUCGGCCGGCUGCCCGCAUCCCAUGCGCUCGUGCACCAGGCACGCGACCAGCUCGCCGACGUGAUUGGAGCCCGAGAGCGCGCAGCGAUGCGACUGGAAGACAAGGCGGCGUCGAGUCGGGACCGGUUUAUGCUCGUGCUGCGCUCGGACCAAGGGUUUCGCGCCUUUUGUGCACGUCAAGGCAAAGACGCCCAUGUCGACUUGUGGCGCGCAAUCGAUGCACUUGACCCGACCGAGCGCCGUCGCGCCGUGGGGUAUGCCCUCUACAGCCAAUUCCUGCAGACCAAAAAAGUGCUCUGUCUGCCGUCCAAAGUGCAACUUCAACUGCUGGCGCGUCUCGACCACUCGGUGGUCGCGGCCGACGGCAGUCGCAAGGACAAGCCGCUCGUGCGCGUGUUUGCCAAGACCAAGCGCAUUCUCUUCGAGUACCUCUACACGACGGCGUACUGCGCGUAUACAGCAACAACAACGAGGCCGACAACGCCGUAG